GAACACGGCGUUUCUUAUCCACGGAAAUUGUGGACGUAGUACCGGACACGGUCACAAAAUGAAAAUAUUAUCGACAGUAUCAAAAAGUAGAUGUAGCGAAGUAGUUCCAAUGUCAAAAGUCGAUACAGAUGGCGUAUCAAACGUCGGCGUGGCCGCUCUCAGAUUUCUCUCUAGUCCGUGAGUAAUCCGUAAGUGAAUGGAAGCGAGUACCGAUCUUGAUAAAUCGUUUUGACACGUUCGUAUUUAUUCACGAUGAGCGCGUGGGUGCAAUACUUUAAAUCUAUUCCAACACAUAUGGACUACGAUGGUCAAGCUAGAGCAGAGAGAUUAGCAAGAGUCAUAAUAACGUUAUUUGGUGUGGUCGGUUUAACCUGGGGAUAUGUCAUUCAACAAUUCUCACAGACAAUCUAUAUUUUGGGCGCUGGAUUUGUAAUGGCAGCAUUAAUUACGGUACCUCCAUGGCCCAUGUAUCGUCGCAAACCAUUGGAUUGGCAAAAGCCACAGUCGGAAGUUCCUACCAAACCGAAGAAGAAGAAAUAAUGAUAGAAAGAACAUUCCGUGAUAUAUAUGAUAUGAUAAAUGAAAUAGAGUAAAGCACCAAGUGAUCUUGCUCGUGUGAAUUUCAUUCCUAAAAAUGGAAAUCUAUACAUACUAUUAAUCAUUUUUCUUGAUAUUGAUAGUUAUGAGCACAAAAAUGCCCGAUAUAUGAAUAGACAUGUGUGAAGGUGAAA